AUGUUAAGAUCAUUUAGAUCUAUCAACAAGAUUUACGACUUCUAUGACGAACGCAAACGGAGAUUCAAGAUAUUCACCUAUCCUAUUGCUUCAACUUGUGGGUCCCUUUCUGCUGUCAUUGACAAAGAGAACUUAUGUAUGCAGAGAGGGUUAUCACCGAACUGGAAAUCUGAGAAGAGUGAAGGAUGGUCUGAUAGCGAUCAAC